AAUCAGAUUUACUCAUCACCAAUCAUCGCAACACUGGCAUAAAAUUUUGCGCGUAAAAGAAUGCCAAAAACUUGAAUAAUUGUUGAAAUAAUUGCAAUUGCUACACAAUACAAUCAACAAAUGUGCGGACAACAAUUAACAUAAUAAUACUACGUAUUUGCCGUGUACAAAAAUGUAAGAUUUUCAUUCGCGCGACAGACUUUUGUGAGUUUUCUUUUGUGUUUUGCGUUCGUCGUCUGCGCGCACGGUGCGCUUCAUUGACUUUUUUGAGACGAGUGCAAAAAUCGUAUAAAAAGCAUUUAAAAUUAAACAAACAUAAUUUUAGAUUGCCUAAAUUCAAUUGCAUUGAAUGCGAGUACUUAGUUUAUAAGUUUUAAAUCAGCCAAUAAGCUAAUUAAACCUCAAAAAAAUUGUUGCGGCAGCUGCGUUUCAAUUACACAAAAAAAGGAAGAGGGCAAGUAACAAACAGAAGCGCAGAACUCGAAAGCAGAGAAACAGCAGCGGAAAGAAAGAAAAAGCAGGCGCUGUGUGGACCGUUGUCCAUAUGGUGCAGGAGCCUGUUUAUGUGUGCGUGCAAAUGUGUGGGUAUUUUGCAUUUGCAAAAUUAGCAUAAACAAUAAAAAGUGCAGCAACUGAAACAAUAACAAUAAUAACACAAGCACACAUACGCAAUGAAUCCAGCAGAAUUGCGCAUGCUGUGGAUGAGCAGUCAAUAUAAUUCCGAGCGCAUUUCACUCGAGGAUGCGGCCAAUUUGCUGGGACAUCCGACGGUCGGACUCUCGGUUAUGGAGGAUAUGACACACCAGCCUACUUUGGAUAUGAAUCCCAUGAUGAGCAUUGUUGGGGGGGAUUUCACGGGACAAGCGGCUGCUGCUGCUGCAGCCUUGGGCGUCCAGCCUGCCACAUUGAUUGCGACGAACACAAACAAUCUGUAUGGCUUCGCGCACAUGGGUGGAUUGCAGCAACAGUUGUUGCAGCAUCAGACGGCCGUCUUUCAAAAUUAUGCCGAAGUCAUGGAUGGCGUCGAUGGCAGCAAUGUGGCAGCCCUCAUGGGUGUUGAUACCUCAGCCACUGCGGUGGUGGAAGAUGAUCAGCAACAGGUGUAUGGCCACCAAUUGGAUGACACUUACGAUGAUGGCGGCGCCAGUGGCGGAAUGUCGGAUCUGGAGCCGAAACAGGAAAUCAUCAAUAUCGAUGAUUUUGUGAUGAUGAACGAGGAUAAUAAUUCGUAUGAUGGCACUGAUUUUAUGACAUCAUCGGACAAGGACAUAUCACAAUCCUCCUCAUCGUGCAUGACCAACAUGCCCAAUCAUGAUCUGCUCGUGCCUCUGGGCGAUGGUCUGUUGCAUCACAAGUUGCUGGGCACCACGCAUGCUAUGAUCAAUGCGGCAGCGGCGGCAGCAGCCUCAUCAUCCUCAGCGUUGACUGGCGUAGCUGGUGCAUCGGGCAGUGGAGGCAACAAUGCGUUUGCCAACAUUCUGGUGGCCUGUGAUGAAGCGGCCACGAGUGGUAAGGCUGCGGUGGGUAGUUGUGGUAAAGAAGGAGGUGGUGGCGCCAGCACCAGUUCCGGUUCAACAUCGAUGCGGGCGCAACGCAAGACGCGUAAAAUUGAGCCAGUGAACAGGCCAGGACUUGUGCUUAAGACACCGAUUGCCUACAAGGGCAACAUUGAUCCCUCCGUCAUACCAAUACAGAAAGAUGGCAUGGCUGUUUGUGAACGCUGUGGGGCCAUUGGAGUAAAACACACAUUCUACACUAAAUCAAGGCGUUUCUGCAGCAUGGCUUGUGCACGGGGCGAGCUCUACUCGCUGGUACUCAAUAGUAAAAUGGAUGCGCCCAGCAAUUCACCAGCACCUGCCCUAGACAUUUCCGACACAACUGAACAGGAACAGCAGGAGCAACAACUGGAACAACAACAGCAACAAUCGCAGUCGCAGUCGGACGUUGAGCUAACGUUGCAGGCGGCACAUAUCAAGAAUGCGAAUUAUCGUUUUCGCAUUACGGAUCAGUCAAAGAUAACACAACUGAAUGGCUUUGGUGAGCCAAUGUCGCUGGGUGGCGAUGCCGCUGCCAAUAAUGUGCAGAUGGCCACAGAUGAAACGAUUGCUGCACUCAAUGGAGGCGCUGUGGGCGAUGCUGCAGCGCCGCCAGCGGAGGCGAGUGGCAGCAGUGAUGGCCUUGGGAGUGCCAACAACAGUUUUGUGAAUGCAGCACCAACGCCAAAGGCGUUGCGACUAUUUCGCGAUGUCUUUCCGCAGGAAGAUCUGCCACAAAUACCCAAAUUCGAACGUCUUCCGGCGCCCUGUCCUCAGAUGGAGAAGAUCAUCAGCAUACGACGGCGUAUGCAUGAUCCAACACAUUCUUACGAUUGGAUACAGAGGUUGGGCAGAGAGACUUUUCAGGCAGCGCCAGUUACGUGCUUCCCCCACGCACCCGGCUACGAGGUGUGGGACAAUAUUGGUGUGGGCAUGAAGGUGGAGGUGGAGAACACGGAUUGCAAUAACGUGGAAAUCAUACAGCCGGGCCAGACACCAACGUCGUUUUGGGUAGCGACCAUUCUCGAAAUCAAGGGAUACAAGGCGUUGAUGAGCUACGAGGGCUUCGAUACAGACUCCCAUGACUUUUGGGUGAAUCUCUGCAAUGCCGAAGUGCAUUCGGUGGGUUGGUGUGCCACUCGAGGUAAACCCUUGAUACCGCCACGUAGCAUUGAGCAUAAGUACAAGGAUUGGAAGGAUUUUCUCGUUGGGCGUCUAUCGGGAGCACGCACAUUACCAUCGAAUUUCUAUAACAAGAUCAACGACAGUUUACAGUCGCGAUUUCGCCUUGGUCUGAAUCUCGAGUGCGUGGACAAGGAUCGCAUCUCACAGGUGCGUCUGGCCACCGUCACUAAGAUUGUGGGCAAGCGUCUGUUUUUGCGCUACUUUGACUCCGACGAUGGCUUCUGGUGUCAUGAGGAUUCCCCCAUUAUACAUCCCGUUGGCUGGGCCACCACAGUGGGUCACAAUCUAGCCGCACCACAAGACUACCUCGAACGCAUGUUGGCUGGUCGCGAGGCCAUGAUCGAAGUGCACGAGGAUGAUGCUACCAUCGAACUCUUCAAGAUGAACUUUACCUUCGACGAGUACUAUCUGGAUGGUAAGACAAAUGGCUUCCUCGAGGGCAUGAAGAUUGAGGCUGUGGAUCCACUCAACCUCUCUUCCAUUUGCCCCGCUACUGUGAUGGCUGUGUUGAAGUUUGGCUACAUGAUGAUACGGAUCGAUUCGUAUCAACCGGAUGCCUCAGGGUCGGAUUGGUUCUGCUACCAUGAGAAGUCGCCGUGCAUCUUUCCGGCUGGCUUCUGUGACUCGAACAACAUAACCGUCACACCGCCCAACAGCUACGAGAAUCGCAUCUUCACCUGGGAGGCCUAUUUACGUGAUACUGGUGCUGUGGCGGCUGGCCAGCAUUUGUUCCAUCGCAUGGUGCCGGAUCAUGGUUUCGAGGCGGGCAUGAGCUUGGAGUGCGCCGAUCUAAUGGAUCCACGUCUCGUCUGCGUUGCGACGGUGGCUCGCGUUGUGGGCCGUCUGCUCAAAGUUCACUUUGAUGGCUGGACCGAUGAGUAUGAUCAGUGGCUGGACUGUGAGUCCGCAGACAUUUAUCCCGUUGGCUGGUGUGUACUUGUGGGUCACAAGCUCGAAGGGCCACCGCGCGUCUCUCAUCAGCAACAAGUCAAGGCAGCGCCCAAGCCCAAAGUGCAGCGUAAACGCAAGACAAAGAAGGGAGCUGGCAAUGGAGCAACGACAGCUGCAACAGUAGCAGCAGCCAACAACAAGCAGCAAACGCAUGACAACAACAUGCAGACAGUGAAAUCACGAACAAUUGCGCUGAAAACAACACCGCAUCUGCCAAAGCUGAGCAUUAAGUUGGAACUGAAGCCCGAGCAUCAUAAUGCCGCUUUCUAUGAAAACAAUCAACCCGAGGAUGAGGACGAGGAAGAUGGCGUGGCCGAGGAUGAUCCCGAUGGCGAUGGCAGCACCAGUCACAUGUCCGAGCAGUCGACAACGCACUCGGAACAGCUGAUUGCCAUCACUGCUGGCAGUGCAGCAGCAGCAACAGGAGCCGGAGCUGGAGCUGGAACAGCAGUUGGAGGAGGAGCAGCAGCAGCCAGCACGACGGUAACACAGCCUGCAGCCGUCAGCGGAAAAACAAUGAACUCGUCAGUCACAAACAGCAAGUACAUUCCCCGUCUGGCCGACAUCGACUCGAAUGAGGCGCAACUAGAGCUGAUGCCAGACUCGUGGAAUGUCUAUGAUGUCUCACAAUUUCUGCGGGUCAACGACUGCACCGCCCACUGCGACACCUUCAGCCGCAACAAGAUCGAUGGCAAGCAGCUAAUGCAAUUGACCAAGGAUGACAUUAUGCCGCUGCUUGGUAUGAAGGUGGGACCUGCGUUAAAAAUCUCCGAUCUGAUUGCACAGCUCAAGUGCAAGAUAAAUCCCAGCAAGGCUCGAUCACACAAGACCAACAAAUCACCAUUUUUAUAGUGCGGAAUCGCUAAAGUUCCCAAAUUGAAAGAGAAACACAAACAAAAAUGGAGAUCUAAACCGUGUUUAACAGAGCCAAGCGUAUAUAUUAAGUAUAUAUAUAUAUUUUUUUUUUUUUCCAAAAAGAAGAGAUACGAACACGAAUGUUAUCACCGAUUAUCAGAUUAUGAUUCUAUAUAGCUGUAUAUAUAGAUAUAUAUGAUACAGUAUUUUGUUAGCACUUGAAAUCGAAACACAUACGUUGCCUAUAAUGGAUUCCAUGUCCAUAUACAGUUUGUAUAACUAACUCAAGUCUCACAGCGCGUUAUAUAACUAGAUAUACAGAUAAAUAUAUACAUAGAGAUAUAUAUAGUCUAUAGUCUUUAGGGUACACUCAUGUUAUAUCAGUCAGAGUUUCUAUUAAUGGGAUAAAACAUUUUUAACUUACACAUAACUAACACACAAAAAAAAAACAUAUUUUUAUAAUAAGCCAGACAUUUGAAUACACACAAUUGAUAUAAGCUCGGGUUAGGUUUGCUAAUUGUACAUAUACAUAUAUAGAAUGAAAGAAAUUGUAUUCUACAGUUGUCGUCGCCUCAUGCCAAUAAUCUAAUAAACAAAAAAAAACA